AAACCGCGGAUAUUAAUAGAAGCCGCGGUGGAGCAUAAAACCUUCACAAAAACACCUCUCUAGGGCCUCAAUUUCUCAUUUUUCAUUUUGAUUUGGGGAAUUUUUUUUACGGAAAAUGGUAGAUUUCGGUAGGGUUCAGAAGGAAUUGCAGGAAUGCAAUAAAGACUUUGAGGUUUGUGGGAUAAAGGUCAGCCCUAAGGGUGACACUAAUCUCUCCCACCUGCUUGGUACAAUCACUGGUCCUGUUGCUACACCUUAUGAAGGCGGCACCUUCAAGAUAGACAUUACUCUGCCUGAUGGUUACCCUUUUGAGCCUCCCAAAAUGCGGUUUGUAACUAAAGUGUGGCACCCAAAUAUUAGCAGUCAAAGUGGUGCCAUAUGCCUUGAUAUCCUGAAAGACCAAUGGAGCCCAGCGCUGACUUUGAAAACAGCACUUCUUUCUGUUCAAGCAUUAUUAUCUGCUCCCGAACCUGAC